AUGAUUGUAAUAUGCUUUGGUUGGACUUUUGACUUAGUCUAAAAUGCAAUUGUUCAAAAUCAGGAUCAAUUUGAUGUAGAAAUAAAAAAUUCAAUAUUCUUCUAAAUUUUUGUGAGUAGAGGAGUUCAAACAGCAUUAGAGAUCAAUUAUUUGAUAUGUGGAAUCUCAUAAGCAGUUUCUUUUUUGCAUAAAUGCUAAGGAAAUGCAUCGACUUUAUAUGAUUGCUUCCAAUUCAUCAUAAAAAGACUUUUUAAGCUUGUGCCAAUAUAUUAUAUUACGUUCUUCUUGACUGCUUACGGUGUAAAAUACUUCGGUUAAGGCCCUCUUUGGCACUAUUUUGACAAAGUGCUAGAGCCUUGUCAAAAUGCUGAAAAUGUGAUGGCUAAUCUUCUUAUCAUCAAUAAUUUUUAUCCUUAAUUUGGAGAAGAUAAGAGCAUGUGCAUGCCAUGGACCUGGUUUGUCCCAAUUUAUCUCUAGAUGUCAAUAAUUACACCUUUUGUUAUUUAUUUCAUGCAGAAAAGCUAUUUGAUUUGUAUACCUAUAUAAGUUGUAGUAAUAGCUCUAGGAACUCUGAUAGUAUAAGGUGUCUAGAUUGCCAUUUAUGACACAGGAAUUUCGCCCGUUUUUGAUAAGUCAUACUGGAAUCAAAUAUAUACUAAACCUUGGUUUUUCAUCAAUAUACACAUCGGUUUAGGAGUGCUAUUUGGAAUGUUCUUGAAAAAUCAUAUGGAUAUCAUACAAAGACUAGAUCUCGGAGGCAGAUAUGAAAAUAGUUUAUCCUAUACUGCUUUGACGUAUAUUAAGAAAAUGUACGUGAUUAGAUUGCUGCUUAUUUUAAUUGGUCUUGUGCUCUGGAUUGGAUUUAAUCACUUACUAGGCUAUAAAUUAAUGUCGCUUAAAGAAAGUUGGGGUGAAACAGCUUAGAUUUUAUAUGGAGUUUGUCGCGCACCAAUAAGUUUAAUAGGAAUUUGUAUCAUUCUACUGCCAUUGAUGCUGAGUAAGUUUAGAAUCGUAAGAUAUUUUUUGAUAAGCAGAGGCUUUAUCAUUCUUUCUCAUCUGAGUUUUGGAAUUUAUCUCUGGUAUCCGUUGAUGGUUCUAAGUUAUUUGUUUUAAAUGCAUUAAAUGGUGACAAUCAGCUAUAUGAGCAUUUUCUAUUAUUUCCUCGGCAGCUUUAUCCUAUCUAUUUUAAUUUCAUAUGCGAUAUUUAUGCUUGUGGAAGCCCCUAUUAUAGCAUUACUAAAUAUUUAUCAAGAAGCUACGGACAUUAAAGAUGGAAAUAAAAAAAUCAAGUUUAAAUAUGAAUUUAUUAAGUGA